GUGAAUGAAGGAAGCUGCAUCGCGAUUAUUCAUUGUAUUAAAAUGGUUUUUGGAGUGUCUUAAAGAAAAUCAAGGAAACAUUUCUGACAAAGAAUACGGAUAUGAUGUCUUUGUUUACCCCCCGUGCUUCUUUGCUUCCUUUCCUUUAGUUCUCAGUCUCUCGUGUAAAAAAACGUGGAUGGCCAACAUGGAGAAAGUGGAAGAAAUUUAUAAGUGACUGUUUUUAUGGGAAAUGGCUUCUGUGCAGUCAGCGACCGAGAUUACAAAGCCAGGUGCCAUUUCUACGGACUCUGGUGAAGAGAGUGACGAUGCAUACGACGAUGUGAUCGAAGUCAGCCCGUGUGGGCGAUGGGAAAAGCGAAGAAUUGAGGUAACACAACGUGAUGUGCCUGGCAUUGACAAGGCAUUCCUUGCCAUGGAUACAGAGGAGGGUGUCGAAGUGGUUUGGAAUGAGGUUCAGUUCUCUCAAAGAAAAAGCUACAAAGCACAGGAGGCAACCAUCAAAACAAUAUUUCAAAAUUUAACCAAGUUGAAGCACCCAAACAUCGUGAAAUUUCACAGGUUUUGGAAUGACAUGCAGGGUGACAAGGCUCGUCUUGUCUUCAUUUCGGAAUAUAUGACGGCUGGAUCAUUGAAAAAAUUCCUCAAGAAGACACGCGCUAAUAACAAGACUAUCAGUCCUAAGGUUGUUAGAAAGUGGUGCCGUCAGAUUCUUUCGGCUCUAAGUUACCUGCACGCCUGCAACCCACCUAUUGUCCAUGGCAAUCUAUCCUGUGAUACGAUCUUCAUUCAACACAAUGGUCUGAUUAAAAUCGGUUCAGUUGCUCCUGACACAAUUCGUGACCACGUGAAAACAUAUCACGAGGAAAGGCGAAAUAUGCAUUACCUAGCACCGGAAUAUGGCCUUCCUGGGACCAGCAGGCAAUAUCACACAGCUGUUGAUGUUUUUGCUUUCGGUAUUUGUACACUUGAGAUGGCUGCAUUAGAGUUGCAAGAUAAAGAAAGUCACAUCGGUUCUGAAGCGGUGAAAAAAGCAAUCGAUGGCCUCACAGACGAUGAUUUUAAGGAUUUCAUCGGGAAGUGUCUCAUUGAAGAUCCUGUCUUGCGUCCGAGUGUGAUGAAACUUAUGUUUCAUAAGUGGUUGUUUGAGGUUCCCUCAUUGAAACUUCUGUCAGCUUAUGCAGUCGUGGAUACCGGCGUUACUCUUCCCGAGUCGAAGGAAGUGAAAGAUCGAGAGAGAAUUCUAGUAGACAUCCCAGCCCUUGGGGGAAAUUUAGUUCGACGUGAGAAGGAUCUACCAUCAUUGGAGAGGGAGAAAUACCUUGAGGAAGUCCAAGAUGGUCUGUAUCCUCUGACCAUAAUGGAACGCAGACAAAGUCAUGCGAACAUUCAAAGACCUCUAACCCCGGAGGAGGGAGAGACAGAGGAGAAUUCAAGUCCUCCCCCGGAUGAUGUCGAGACGAGACUGGUGUUGAAUAUGAAUUGCAAGACUAAAGUUUCCGAACAUCCUGGAAAGCGAAUGUUAAUACUUCACCUUCAAAUGGAUGAUCAGAUGAACAGAUUGCUGACGUGUGAUUUAGAAUCAGAAGAUAAAGCUGGCGAAUUAGCGGAAGAUUUGGUCAAACACGGAUUUAUCAAUCCAGCUGAUAAGGAGAGGAUCUCAACAUUAAUACAAACAAACUUGAAACGCGAGGUAGCCGUGGCUUGAGAUGAAGCUCGCAGGUGAAAACGUUUAUGAAAAAAGACGCUGGUUUGAUCCGCUCUUUGUAAUUUCCUGUACAUAUAAUAAGAUUGAGAAAUAUUAUAAGAUUAUGGACCGUUCUGGUAUUCCUCCCGAUGAAAGCGGAGCCAAACUUUGAACAUUGGAGCGAAACAAUAACGCGAAAAAGAAGUCUAAAUAUAUGUGGGUUAUAUAUAUAUAUUGCAAAUAUCACAUUUCACGCUAGUGACCUUUUCCACGUUGAAUUCAGAAAUAUCGGAAUGAUUUUCAAAGUAUCCUUGUGGAAUAAAAUCAGAAAACUCUAAGUUAAUUUCAGAUACUGCAGAUGUCAUUCUGAUAGUUUGCAAUUAAUCGCAGAUAAAAUUAUAUGAGUUUCAGGAUGUUAAAAUCAAGCGAAUUUAACGUUUGAUGAUAAACUUUGAUUACAGAAAUACUGAUAAUAACUUUCAGCCUGCCACAUAGCGUCUAGCCUGUGGUGUGCCUUUGAAACUCGAAGCCCCCGCCCCUUCCGUAAAUUUUGCGAUGCGUCUUUUUCCAAUCAUGUAUCCCACCCAAGGGUCCUGUUGUUUUUAUAAGAGAAAGAAGCAUCACGUAUCAUUGCUGAAAUUCGGCAUGAACAAACAUUUCUUGCAUAAAACACAGUGAAUACUUGUCUUUGAGUUCACUGAAGAAAACAAUAGAUGCAGUAAGUUUUAUAAAAUUUGUUAGUGAGAUUUUGCUGAAUUACGUCCCAUUAAUGUGUUCCUGUUUCUGUUGUAAGAGAGACAAGUGUAACAUAUGUUUAAAUGA